AUGAGUGGAAGGGGCAAGAGUGCUUGUGUGGGGGUUGAUGAGCAGAGUGGAAUGGCAGGGCAGGGAGCAACGGGAGGGCAGCAGGACGGAGAAGUGGAGAAAGCUGAGGAAGCAGGGGAAGAAGGUGGAGGAGGGGGAGGAACGGGAGGGCAGGGAGGUUCAGUAGGGCAGGGAGCAACGGGAGGGCAGCAGGACGGGAAAGUGGAGAAAGCUGAGGAAGCAGGGGAAGAAGGUGGAGGAGGGGGAGGAGGGGAAGGCGAAGGAGGGAAAGGAGAAGGUGGGAAGGGAGGAGGGGAAGUAGAAGCAGCUGAUCAUGGCACCUGCAAGACUGCAGCUUCAGAGGCAGCAGCGGUUUCGCACACGGCUUGUCAGGCGCCUCAAUAUACAGUCUCCGACGCAACACCUCAGAAGCCUGGAAAAGCGGUUUCCCACUCAACCCCUCCAAAAGCUCCUAGGCUUUCCAAGGAGCUGAAUCUGCUGCUGAGUGACGCCUGCGAGACAGCAACAGAAGAGCCAGCAGCUGCGGUUUCCGAGCCAGCAACUGUCUCCCACACAACACCUCCGAAGGCUCCUAGGCUUUCCAAGGAGCUGAACCGGCUGUUGCACGAUGCCUGCAAGACAGCGGAACAGGCAGCAACUGCGGUGUCUUCUCGGAAAGCACAGGCUGCUCUGGUGGCCGCUUGGCAAGCCCAAACGGCUGUGGCAUCAUCGUCACGAGAUAAGGCUGAGGAUGCUCGAAAACGGCACAUACAGACUGCUGUGGAGUUGUUGUCACAGGGAGCACUGGCAGAGAGGGAGGAGGAGAGAGGAGGAGGAGUGGUGGAGGGGAAGGGAGUGGCGGGUGAGGAGGGUGAAGGGAGGGGGGAGGAGGAGGAGGUGGGGGGGGGAGAUAUGCAGUGUGAGGAUUACUGCUUUGUGUGCUACGAUGGUGGUGACUUGGUGGCAUGUGAUAAGAGGCGUACCAUCCAGAGUGCACCGGGCUGCCCGAAAAGGUUUUCGAGUCUUCUGCCCCUUGGACUUGCGUGUGGCACUCCUGCUCCUGUGGCUGCCGUCGCUCCUCCCUCUUCCUCUGCCUCCUCUGCCCCACCUCCCUCUGCUGGGGUUGCCUCCGCUUCCUGCGCCGCCAUGUCUGGAUGGACCCUGCUUCUUCUGACUCAAUUCGCUGCCCGGCUCGCGUGGGGCAGGGUUUCGGGCGCGGAGGGAGGGAAGGGCAGGAGAAGAAGCUGGGAGGGGAGUGGGAUUGCUGGUGGGGAAAGGCAUGAUGGGAAGGAGGAGGCGAGGGGGAACGAGGUGGAGGGUGGGAGUGGGGUUGGAUUGAUUGUAGAGGUGCCUAAACAAAUGCAGGAUGGGAAGGAGAUGAGGGGGAAGGAAAUGAAAAGGAGGAGUGGGGUUGGAUUGAUUGUAGAGGUGCCUAAACAAAUGCAGGAUGGGAAGGAGAUGAGGGGGAAGGAAAUGGAAAGGAGGAGUGGGGUUGGAUUGAUUGUAGAGGUGCCUAAACAAAUGCAGGAUGGGAAGGAGAUGAGGGGGAAGGAAAUGGAAAGGAGGAGUGGGGUUGGAUUGAUUGUAGAGGUGCCUAAACAAAUGCAGGAUGGGAAUGAUGAGGAAGCGAGGGAAAAGGGGAUGGGGGGGGAGAGUGGGGAUGGUAAAGGGAGGGAAGGAGCGAGGGAGGAUGAGGAGGGUGGAAGGGAGAGGGGGCGUAAGCGGGGGAGAGAGAGUGGAACAGAAGAGGAGAAUGGAACGGAAAAGGAGAAUGGAACAGAAGAGGAAGGUGUGGAGGAGGAACCAGAGGGGGGAAGGGGGCAAGAGAGUGCAAAGGAGAGGGGAGGUGAGGAUGCCGACGAGGAGAAUGUGAGGAGGAAUGCGGAUGAGAAGGGGUUGUCAGAGGGAGGGAGUAUAUGGUGGGGCAGGGAGGGCGAGGAGAGGAGGGAAGGGAAGGGAAAAGAAAAGGAUGGGGAGAAAGGGCUGUCAGAGGGGGGGAGUAUCUGGUGGGGCAGGGAAGGCGAGGAGAGGAGGGAAGGGAGUGUGGGGUGGAGGCUGGAGCAGCUGGAGGAAGGAGGGCGGAAGGUUCUGGGGCUGUGCGGCGCGUGCUAUGUGAAGGUGGCGAUGAUUCAGCAUGGCAUCGAGAGGACCCCGACUGGCCGUCUCCUAGACAUGGACAACACCUAUUCCCCUGCGUGGUAUUUCAAGGACUAUCACUCGGUGAUGCGCGAUCGGGGGCGGUUGAUGAUCGACGUGGGGAAGGCUCCUGAUGACUGGGGCUCUCUGAGAGAGAGGUGGCUGUGUGGGAUAGAGCUGGGUAUGUUGGGAGAUGAGGAGGAGGAGGUGGAGGGGGAGGGGGAAGGGGAGGGGGAGGGGGAGGAGGAGGGGGAUGGGGAUGGGGAUGGGGAUGGGGAGGGAGAGAGAGAGGGAAUGAUGGGAGAAGGAGCAGAAGCAGAGGAGGAGGAAGAAGAGGGAGAUGAGGAGGAGGAGGAAGGGAAGGAGGAAGAGGAGGAGGAUGACU